AGUCAUUCUCUCUUCACACUAGAUUGGGCUUUGGGUUAUUAUACAUGACCUGCGACGAGAUCUCGCCGGGGGGAUGCGGAAGCACGUCGGUGGCGCCGGAGGUAGAAAACAAGAAUAGAAAGACAGUGAAGAUGUUGUAUAAAGCACUGCGUCACGGGGACAGAGAGAAGGUUACGAAGCUGGUAGGACCGAACUUGGAGUGGUGGUAUCACGGGCUUCCUAACUGCCACUACAUGAUGAAGAUGUUGACCGGGGAGUCAACGCACACGGCGUUCAAAUUCAGACCCAGGAGAAUCAGGACCGUCGGUGAGCGCGUGAUCGUAGAAGGAUGGGAAGGGGCGGGGGCGUACUGGGUGCAUGUGUGGGGACUCGGGCAUGGAAUUAUUGCUCAAUUCCGUGAGUACUUCAAUACUCUGCUUACUGUCGUGCUUCGCGUUUCAGGGAAUGGGAAAGAGACGCGCCUUUGGCAGAGCAUGAAUCGGGCUAGGGUUAACGGGUCGUUGCCCGAUCUCGUGCUUGUUAUCUGAUCCAACUAGACUCUAUAUGGCCGUUUAACUUGUAAUACGUACACUGGCACGUAAACAAAAAAGAAGUAGUAGAAAGAACGAACUGGAAUAACGAUCUUUUAUAUAUGCGUGAUGAUGCCAUGUGUAUUUGUGCUUCAUCAGACUUGUCAUAAGACCUUUGAUUGUAUUUAUAUUAUUUUGUAGACUAGAUGAUUAUAACCUUAGUUA